AUGGAAGGCGCGACCCCGAAGGUCAUCGAGAACAGCGAGGGCAUGCGCACCACGCCCUCCAUCAUCGGCUUCGGUGAGCAGCGUCUAGUGGGCAUCCCGGCUAAGCGUCAGGCAGUCACGAACCCGGAGAACACCAUCUUCGCCGCCAAGCGGCUGAUCGGUCGAUCCUAUGACGACGAGGCGACGCAGAAGGACAAGAAGAUCCUCCCCUACCGGAUCAUCAAGGCGCCGAACGGCGACGCCUGGGUCGAAGCGGAGGGCAAGCAGUAUUCCCCUAGCCAGAUCGGGGCCUUCGUGUUGACGAAGAUGAAGGAGACUGCCGAGAGCUACCUGGGCCGGAACGUGGGAAAGGCCGUCAUCACGGUGCCAGCGUACUUCAACGAUGCCCAGCGCCAAGCCACGCACCUCGCUGGCCUGAAGUUAAGCUCGGCUGUGCUGCAGAAUCCUGAACCCAGAGACUCCAAUAUCCCUUAA